AAGAUGGCGGCCGUGUCAGUUUGGGGCAUCUCCGCGGUCCGGCCCGGGGCCCCGGGAUCCCGGCUCUCUUUCCCUCCGGAUUCUUUCUGCUAAUCCAGAUAUUUGUUGAAGUGCUGAAUAGUUUCUUGGGGAAAGAUGUCAAGGAAGAGUUUCAAUUCAUAGACUGGUGAGCAGAGAUUGUGGAGUACAGAAUAGCAGCACCCCUCUGGUUAGUUGUAGCCUAAGGUCAUUCAUGGCAUAAGAUACACAUUUUUCUGCUGGGAAUGAGAUGUUCUUGAGUUUUUACAACUUUAUGAAGAGACCCAUGUGUGGUGCUAUUGAGAAAUUUAUUGGGAAGUUUGAAGAUAUUUCAAAUAACAGGUUGUUUUGGUUUCUAAAGUAAAAGUGGGGAGGCACUCUAUUUUGUGAAAGAAGGAAGGACUCAGGCCAGAAAACUUGUAUGCUAUGGUUAACUGGUUCCCAGCCUCCGAGAAUGUUGUUUUCCAUGGUGUAAAACUUACUCAGCAUCAGGAUAAGGGAUAACGACUCUAUGGAUAUACAGAAUCCUUCACCAUGGUAAAACUCGCUAACCCGCUGUAUACGGAGUGGAUUUUGGAGGCCAUCAAAAAAGUGAAGAAGCAGAAACAGCGUCCUUCAGAGGAAAGGAUAUGUAAUGCAGUGUCUUCUUCCCAUGGCUUGGAUCGCAAAACUGUUUUAGAACAAUUGGAGUUGAGUGUUAAAGAUGGAACAAUUUUAAAAGUCUCAAACAAAGGACUCAAUUCCUAUAAAGAUCCUGAUAAUCCUGGGCGAAUAGCACUUCCUAAACCUCGAAACCAUGGAAAAUUGGAUAAUAAACAAAAUGUAGAUUGGAAUAAACUGAUCAAGCGGGCGGUUGAGGGCUUGGCAGAGUCUGGUGGCUCAACUUUGAAAAGCAUUGAACGUUUUUUGAAAGGUCAGAAGGAUGUGUCUGCAUUAUUUGGAGGCAGUGCUGCUUCUGGCUUUCACCAGCAGUUACGAUUGGCUAUUAAACGCGCUGUUGGCCACGGCAGACUCCUUAAAGAUGGACCUCUUUAUCGUCUCAACACUAAAGCAACCAAUGUGGAUGGGAAAGAAAGUUGUGAGUCUCUUUCCUCUUUACCUCCAGUGUCACUCCUUCCACAUGAAAAGGAUAAGCCGGUUGCUGAACCGAUCCCCAUCUGUAGUUUCUGUCUUGGUACAAAAGAACAAAACCGAGAAAAGAAGCCUGAGGAACUCAUCUCUUGUGCCGACUGUGGCAACAGUGGUCAUCCAUCUUGUUUAAAGUUUUCCCCUGAACUAACGGUUAGAGUGAAGGCCUUACGGUGGCAGUGCAUUGAGUGUAAAACGUGCAGCUCUUGUCAAGAUCAAGGCAAAAAUGCAGAUAACAUGCUCUUUUGUGAUUCCUGUGACCGAGGUUUUCACAUGGAGUGUUGUGAUCCGCCACUUACCCGGAUGCCAAAAGGCAUGUGGAUAUGUCAAAUAUGUCGACCUAGGAAAAAAGGAAGAAAACUUCUACAGAAGAAGGCGGCACAGAUAAAACGGCGCUAUGCUAAUCCAAUAGGACGUCCAAAAAACAGGUUAAAGAAACAAAACACGGUAUCAAAAUGUCCCUUCAGCAAAGUUCGAACUGGCCCUGGAAGGGGUCGGAAACGUAAAAUCACUCUCUCCAGCCAAUCAGCAUCGUCAUCAGAAGAAGGAUAUUUAGAGCGAAUAGAUGGCUUGGACUUCUGCAGAGAUAGCAGUGUCCCCUUGAAGUUCAACAAGAAAACCAAAGGGCUCAUUGAUGGGCUUACCAAAUUCUUUACCCCUUCCCCUGAUGGGCGGAAGCCUCGAGGGGAAGUGGUAGACUACUCUGAGCAAUACAGAAUCAGGAAAAAGGGCAACAGAAAAUCAAGCACUUCAGACUGGCCCACAGACAAUCAGGAUGGCUGGGAUGGCAAACAAGAAAGUGAGGAACGGCUUUUUGGGAGCCAGGAAAUCAUGACUGAGAAAGAUAUGGAAUUAUUUCGUGAUAUCCAAGAACAAGCACUGCAGAAAGUUGGAGUGACUGGGCCCCCUGAUCCACAAGUCCGCUGUCCCUCUGUCAUUGAGUUUGGGAAAUAUGAAAUUCACACCUGGUACUCUUCCCCAUAUCCUCAAGAAUACUCAAGGCUGCCUAAAUUGUAUCUUUGUGAAUUCUGUCUAAAAUAUAUGAAAAGUAGAACUAUUCUACAGCAGCACAUGAAGAAAUGUGGUUGGUUCCAUCCUCCUGCCAAUGAGAUUUACAGAAAGAAUAAUAUUUCUGUCUUUGAGGUUGAUGGGAAUGUGAGUACCAUUUAUUGUCAGAACCUGUGUCUCUUGGCAAAGUUGUUUCUUGACCACAAAACCCUCUAUUAUGACGUGGAGCCAUUUCUUUUUUACGUACUAACACAGAAUGAUGUCAAGGGCUGCCACCUUGUUGGCUACUUUUCUAAAGAAAAGCACUGCCAACAGAAAUACAAUGUUUCCUGUAUAAUGAUUCUUCCCCAAUACCAGCGUAAGGGCUAUGGCAGGUUUCUCAUCGAUUUCAGUUAUUUGUUAUCAAAGCGUGAAGGCCAAGCAGGGUCUCCAGAGAAACCAUUAUCCGAUCUAGGUCGUCUUUCCUACAUGGCUUAUUGGAAAAGUGUAAUAUUGGAGUGCCUUUAUCACCAAAAUGACAAGCAAAUCAGCAUUAAGAAGUUAAGCAAGUUGACUGGAAUCUGCCCUCAAGACAUUACUUCCACACUCCACCACCUACGCAUGCUGGACUACCGUAGUGACCAAUUUGUGAUUAUCCGCCGGGAAAAACUUAUCCAGGAUCACAUGGCAAAGCUUCAGCUGAAUUUGCGACCUGUAGAUGUAGAUCCAGAAUGUUUGCGCUGGACUCCUGUCAUAGUCUCCAAUUCUGUUGUCUCAGAGGAGGAAGAAGAGGAGGUUGAGGAAGGAGAAAAUGAAGAGCCGCCGCAGUGCCGGGAAAGAGAAUUAGAGACAAGUGUAGGAAAGUCUGCAUCUCGAGAGAAUAAAGAACAAGAUUCUUAUUCUUCAGUAGAAAGUGAAAAGAAACCAGAAGUUAUGGCGCCAGCUAGUUCUACACGUUUGAAUAAACAAGUCCUUCCCCGUGAUAGUCUUCCUGCAAAUAAUCAGCCAUCUCGGAGAGGCCGCUGGGGGAGGAAGAACAGGAAAACCCAGGAAUGUUUUGAUGAUAAAGAUUCUAAACUGCCCUUGGAAGAGACAUCAACUCCUCAGGAACAAUAUGGAGAACGUGAGGAAAAAUCAGAAACCUCCCAAGAACGAUACACUGAAAGUGAGGAACAGUUGGCAGCCUCUCAGGAGCAGCCAAGCCUGGAUGGAAAGCCAGACAUCCCCAAAAGAAGACUCAGUGAGGGGGUUGAGCUCUGGCGAGGACAGCUCAAGAAGACCCCUGAGGCUCUGAAGUGUAGACUCCCAGAAGGCAAUGAUAGACUGCCCCGUCGCUAUAGUGAUGGUGACAGGGCUCUCCUCAGGGACUUCAGUGAGAGUAGUGAGGAGGAAGAAGAGCCAGAAAGUCCUCGCUCCAACUCACCACCAGUUCUGACAAAGCCCACACUGAAGCGAAAAAAACCAAUUCUUCACCGAAGAAGGAGAGUCCGAAAGCGCAAACACCACAAUAGCAGCGUGGUCACAGAAACUAUCUCUGAGACUACAGAGGUGUUAGAUGAACCUUUUGAAGACUCUGACUCCGAGAGGCCAAUGCCAACAUUAGAACCCACGUUUGAGAUUGAUGAAGAAGAAGAGGAAGAGGAUGAAAAUGAACUCUUCUCGAGAGGAUACUUCCGUCAUUUGUCCUCACAGGAUGUUCUCAGGUGUCGAUCCUCUUCUAAGAGGAAGUCUAAAGAUGAAGAUGACGACGAAGAGUCAGAUGAUGCUGAUGACACUCCUAUCCUAAAGCCAGUCUCUCUCUUGAGAAAAUGUGAUGUGAAGGAUUCUCCACUUGAGCCAGAUACGUCCACACCUAUGAAAAAGAAAAAGGGAUGGCCCAAAGGCAAGAGCCGCAAACCAAUCCACUGGAAGAAAAGACCUGGUCGCAAACCAGGAUUUAAGUUGAAUCGGGAAAUCAUAGCCGUUUCUACUCAAGGAUGCAUUGUUGAGCCCAUUGUCCCCAUUCCUAAACCUGGACGUAAAUCCAAAGUUCAAGAGAAUGAAGAAACUGUUGAACCAAAAGAAGACUUGCCUUUAACAGAAGAAAGGAAGGAAGAAGAGGAGAUGCAUGUGGAAGCAGCAGAGGUUGAAGAGGGAGAAGAAGAAGAUACAACCAGCAGUGAAGUUAGAGCAGCUUCUCCAGUGGAUAGCAGCAAUAGUCCCGAGACAGAAAUGAAAGAACCUGAGCUAGAGGAGGAAGAAGAGAAACCCCGUGUCUUAGAAGAGCAGAGGCGAUCAGAGGAAGAGCCACAAGAACUGGAAGAGCAGGAGCAAGAAGAGGACGAAGUGGGUGUAGAGACAAACCAGAAUGAAGACCGUGAUGCAGAUGACGAAGAUGAUGGUCAUCUGGAGUCUACAAAGAAAAAAGAGCUAGAGGAGCAGCCUGUCAGAGAAGAUGUCAAGGAGGAGCCUGGUGGUCAGGAGUCUUUUUUAGAUACUAAUAUGCAGAGCAGUAGGGAGAGUAUAAAGGAUAAAGAUGAAACAGAACCAGAUUCUGAAGAGGAGCAGACUUCCCAUGAAACAUCCGUGGUAUCGGAGCAUAUGCCAGGGUCUGAGGAUGAUCAUGAAGAAGAUUCAAACUCUAAAGAAGAAUUAAUUGAGUUAAAAGAGGAAGAAGAGAUUCCUCAUAGUGAACUGGAUCUGGAAACCGUGCAAGCAGUGCAGUCUUUGACUCAAGAGGAAAGCAAUGAGCACGAGGGAGCCUACCAGGACUGUGAAGAGACGCUGGCAGCGUGUCAGACCCUGCAGAGUUAUACCCAGGCUGAUGAAGACCCUCAGCUGUCAAUGGUUGAAGACUGCCAUGCUUCAGAACAUAAUAGUCCGAUAUCUUCUGUUCAGUCUCAUCCGAGCCAGUCAGUCCGUUCAGUCAGCAGUCCCAACGUGCCUGCCCUUGAAAGUGGUUACACCCAGAUCAGCCCAGAACAAGGAUCCCUGUCCGCACCCUCUAUGCAGAACAUGGAGACCAGCCCCAUGAUGGAUGUGCCUUCCGUAUCAGACCACUCUCAGCAGGUGGUGGACAGUGGCUUCAGUGAUCUGGGCAGCAUCGAGAGCACCACGGAGAACUAUGAGAACCCUAGCAGUUACGAUUCCACAAUGGGUGGCAGCAUUUGUGGGAAUAACUCUUCCCAGAGCAGCUGCUCCUAUGGUGGGUUGUCAUCCUCCAGCAGCCUCACCCAGAACAGUUGUGUUGUCACGCAGCAAAUGGCAAACAUGGGCAACAGCUGCAGCAUGAUGCAGCAGAACAGUGUCCAGCCUGCUGCCAACUGCAACAUCAAGUCACCUCAGAGCUGUGUGGUGGAGAGGCCUCCCAGCAACCAGCAGCAGCAGCCACCACCACCACCACAGCAGCAGCAACAGCAGCAGCAGCAGCAGCAGCAACCAGCACCACAGCCUCCACCACCCCAGCAGCAGCAGCAGCCGCAGCAGCCGCAGCCACCACCACCUCAGCCCCAGCAGCCUCAACCCCCACCCCCACCCCAGCAGCAGCCCACCCUGUCACAGUGUAGUAUGAAUAACAGUUUCACUCCAGCGCCUAUGAUCAUGGAGAUACCAGAAUCUGGAAGCACUGGGAACAUAAGUAUCUAUGAGAGGAUUCCAGGGGAUUUUGGUGCCGGCAGCUACUCUCAACCGUCAGCCACCUUCAGUUUAGCCAAGUUGCAGCAGCUGACUAACACCAUUAUGGACCCUCAUGCCAUGCCUUAUAGCCAUUCUCCUGCUGUGACUUCCUAUGCAACCAGUGUUUCUCUGUCUAAUACAGGACUGGCUCAGCUAGCUCCGUCUCAUCCAUUAGCUGGGACCCCUCAAGCACAAGCUACCAUGACGCCACCCCCAAACUUGGCAUCCACCACCAUGAACCUCACAUCACCUCUGCUACAGUGCAACAUGUCUGCCACCAACAUUGGCAUUCCUCACACUCAGAGGUUGCAAGGGCAAAUGCCAGUCAAGGGGCAUAUUUCUAUCCGCUCCAAAUCUGCGCCACUGCCCUCUGCAGCUGCUCACCAGCAGCAGCUGUAUGGCCGCAGCCCACCAGCGGUUGCCAUGCAGGCUGGCCCUCGUGCAUUGGCUGUUCAGCGUGGCAUGAACAUGGGGGUUAAUUUAAUGCCAACCCCCGCCUAUAAUGUCAAUUCAAUGAAUAUGAACACCUUGAAUGCCAUGAACAGCUAUCGAAUGACACAGCCUAUGAUGAACAGCAGUUACCACAGUAACCCUGCUUACAUGAACCAGACAGCACAGUAUCCUAUGCAGAUGCAGAUGGGGAUGAUGGGGAGUCAGGCCUAUACCCAGCAGCCUAUGCAGCCAAACCCUCAUGGAAACAUGAUGUAUACCGGCCCCUCCCAUCACAGCUACAUGAAUGCUGCUGGUGUGCCCAAGCAGUCACUCAAUGGACCUUACAUGAGAAGAUGAGCAAGAUGAACUUGCAAUUAAAAACUUAAAUAUAUAUAAAUAAAGGAACCUUUUAUACUGACAAACCAGAGAAAAAAUGGACCUUUUUUCCAGUUAAAAUAUUGCUGUAGAUUUAGAGGAAUUUUUCUUUGGUUUAUUUUAUUUUUUAGAAAACCUGGUCUUCUCUUUCUUUGGGUUCAUUUUGUUCUGGGUUUUGAUUUUCUUCACAAUCUUGAACAUUUUACAAUAGAACUCAUCUAAAUAUGGAUUUGGGGAUAGGGGAAACAUGCACAAAAUCUUUUCAUAAUUAAAAAGAGCCUUACUUUCUUUACAUACCACAUGGACAGAAUUUGUGUAAAAGUGAAUUAUCUUUAUUUUAUUUUAAGAUGUAUGUUUCCCCUCACUGUUUAUGCAGCUCCCAAUGUUGUCAUUUUUAAAUGUUAUAUAUACAUCUCCAGGGUUAACCAGACCCUUUCCUCCAAACCUUUCAUUUCCUACUUCAUUCCAGCAGGAGGCACUUAUGGGAGACUCGGAUGGGGACAUGGAGAACAACCCAAGCUCCUUAAACUUAUUAUUAUUGUUAAUAUUAUUAUUAUUAUUAUUAAUAAAGUGAGGCAGGAAAAUGCUUCUCCUUUUAAAAUCCCCUCCACUCCCUACACACACACAUGCACGCACACACACACACAAAC